UUCAUUUCAGCGCAAGCGUUGCGUCAGCGGAAGUUGUGAAGCCAUCGCCCAAGAUAACGGUUACCUUUACUGUAGUUAAUAGAGGGUUUGGAAGGACUGCAUAUUAUUUUGUGCAUUGUUGGUGAUUUGCCUACCAUUAAAGUUCAUAAAAAAUGCUCCUGUGUUUCAUAUAAAUGUUAGUAACACUUUGUAGCUCAGAUGAGUAGUUGUUAGUCAUAGAACAUUGUCGUCGGUGGCAAGAUUAUGGCGGAGUGAGAUCAUAAAACCUUCAGCCUUUACUAGUAUUGGGUUUAACUUGAAAGUUAUUUGGAUUUUACGACCGGCGACAUUGCCUCAAAAAAUUGUGAGAGGAUGCGUGAGUACAAAAUCGUUGUGUUGGGCAGUGGAGGAGUGGGGAAGUCUGCUCUUACAGUACAAUUUGUUCAGGGAAUUUUUGUAGAAAAAUAUGACCCCACCAUUGAGGACAGUUACCGCAAACAAGUUGAAGUAGAUGGACAGCAGUGCAUGUUGGAAAUAUUGGACACUGCAGGAACGGAGCAGUUCACUGCCAUGAGGGAUCUUUACAUGAAGAAUGGCCAAGGAUUUGUUCUUGUUUAUUCCAUAACUGCUCAGUCUACAUUUAAUGACCUACAGGAUUUACGGGAACAAAUUUUAAGAGUUAAGGACACUGAUGAUGUACCGAUGGUACUGGUGGGCAACAAAUGUGACUUAGAAGAAGAACGAGUGGUCGGCAAGGAGCAGGGAAUCAAUCUGGCUCGCACAUUCAACUGUGCUUUCAUGGAGACAUCAGCUAAAGCAAAAAUUAACGUUAAUGAUAUAUUUUAUGAUUUAGUGCGGCAAAUCAAUAAGAAGUCUCCCGAGAAGAAACAAAACAAAAAGAAGAAAUCAAUAUGUUUAAUGUUAUAAACACUAAUAGGCCUUGUAUAUAUAAUACGUGAGUUGGCGGACUUUAAACCAUACUUUCACUUGUCACCAAUUGUUGUUUAUUAUUAAUUAUUAUUCAAAUUUUUUUGAUUCCGGUAAAUGUUGAACGUGUAAGAAGGAAGCACUUUGGCCUUCCUCUCUUCACUGCCAAGGUCUAUAAGACCUCCACUUGGACAAGUAGUACUGUAUACCAUAUCUUCAACUCUACCUUCAACUCUUCUAUUUUCUGUGCUAAAUACUUUAUAUUUUUAAUAAAAAAAGUAUAUAUUUCUGUAUAGUCUUGAGAAUAAGGCUGUAUGCUGUUAUCUUUAAUGUGUAAUUUAGUUAAUUAAUAUAUUAAUUUAUGUAAACUUGUUUUGGAUUGUGUAUGAGGAAAUAGUAUUCUCAGAUUUUAUUAGCCUUUUCAUUUUUAGUGGUAACUAACACGCACAAGGUACAGUUUCAGAUUAGUCACAGUGGUUUAUUUAGUAAUUUUCAGUUUGUCUCUAAGCUCUUACAGUUCUUGUUCUCUGUGAUAUAAUGGAAAUACAUUUUAAUACAUAUUACAGAAGUAUAGUCGGAAACUUUCUGUGACAUCCAAUGUAAAUAGAUAGAUCAGUUUUAAGUUUGUAAUCCUUGUUUAUACUUAACUAUAAUUAUGAAUUACAAUUGUUUGCUACCACGGUUUUUCCUUAUUAUCGCUACUUCUCUUUAAGUUUGUUAUAUGAGUGUUUAUAUUAAAGCUAUUGUAUGUACACAAUUUUUAUAAAGCUUGUUUAUUUUACUAUACAAAUAUUAUUGUUUUAUCAAGUCAGUUAUAUAUUAUACUAUAAUUAUAUCAAGAAAACGAGAGUCAAAGCUAUGUUAUGAAAAUCUAUUAGUAAAAAUCUUGGAUAUAAUUUCAAGUGGCAGUGAAUUAUACUAUUUUUUGGCUAAAAUGAAAUGCAGUUGAGGAGUGUAUCUGCCUGCUACUAACUGCUUGUGCAUAAGACAUUUAAAAUUACAAAAUGUGCGACAUUCUUUAUUGGAGACAUGAUAUUUUACAAAUAGUCAAAUUAUUAGCAUAGAUUUGUCAGUUUUCUGUAAAUAAAACAUCUGUUUGUACACAGGUGAACAUUUAUUAUUGUGUUUAAUGUGAUUUAAGUAUAUUUUGUCACAUUAAUCAUGAAAGUAUUGUGCAACUUAGUGGAUUUUUUAGAUCCCCAUUAUGUUAUAUUCAUUACUUCAGUUUAUUAUAAUUGUUUUAUUAAAUGAAUUCCACCAAAGACCUCUUAUAUAUUAUUUAUAUUAAGUGAGCAAAUUUAUUUGUGUUUUAUUUGAAGUUCAUCUUUUAUUAUUGUUGUGUUUUGAUUUACCAAUAUUAAAUUUGAUUUAUAACUUUAUUGUUCAACAUAGUCGUACUUCAUCAAUGAAUGAAAUAUUUGGGAUUUGGUUUUACAUAAAGAACAAUCUCCUGUUAUUUACAUAAUGGAAACUAUAAGUGGAAAAGUAGUGAGAGAUAAGUUCAACCAAACAUAAUUAUUAUCGAGUACUGUAAUUUUCCACCUAAGAUAUUUCAUUUAGUUGUUAUUAAUAAACAUUUUGUUAAAGGAGUUCAAAGCAAGCAAGUCUGUAAUUUAUAAAUGAAAACUGUAGCAAACAUUUCUUUAAAUCAUUAUGUGCGUGAUAAUGUCUAUUGUUAAUAAUCAUGUUACUAGUUCGUCUGGUUUCUCUGCUAUCAUUAAAGAAAUCAAUUACUGGAUCAAACAUGUUUUUGGUUUAAAAUCACCUAUAGGAAUUUAAAUAUUUUUGAUACCUAUUGGAGUUUUCUAUUAGUUAAUUACCUAGUGUUAAUUUGUUGAAGAUCCACGUUGUAUAGUUGUAUUUCACCUGUAAAUAAGGGCUCGUAACAUAAUUACGCUAGAUAAAUAUUAGUUCUUGAUAUGUACAGAAAUCCUAGUGUGAAGAUUUUUCUAACAAAAAACUUAAGUAAUGUUUUUCCCAUUGCAUUCUUCAGUACAGUCUAACCUAGCUUAUCUAUCUCUUUUUUAUUUGCAUCUUAAUCAGGAUGGAUUUUCACAAAUAUAAUUUGCAGAUAUUGUGGCUGUAAAAGCAUUUGCAAGAUUACACCCUCUCAGAAAUAAUGUUUAAAAAUUACAAAACUUGACUAACAAACAUUUUAUUUUAAUAAAUUAUAUUUACGUGUAAUCAUAAAUGAAAAAUUACCAUAAAUCAAAUUCAUUAAAAUCAGCAUCUGAAUCGAAGCGAUUGGAAUUCACAUGCGAAAACAGGAAAAUAUUGAUCAAGUGAUAUUUCUUUGCCAAUAUAUAAAGUGUAGUGCUGUUGUUAAACUGUACUACUAUGGGUGGGGAGGGGGGAUCAAAGAGCUUCUAUAUCCAAAGUUUGAUAUCUGUUACUAUAAUGUUAUUACUAGGAGAGCUUACAGUAGAUCAGUAUUAAUUAGGGAGCUAAAAGUAAGAAGCGAUCAAUUCUGGACAAAAUGACAGAGAGUCAUUGAUUGAUGAUGAUUUUUCAUUUAUAAAAACUUUUGUCUCUUUCUUAUUAUAUCUGGUCCCAAUUAAUGUAGAUGGGUGAAAGUGUACUGUAUUGAUUUAUCUGUUUCAUGUUAUUACAUAUGCAUAUAUUUUAUUAUUUUAAUCAAAUUGUAUCCAGUUUACUGGAUCUUAUGCAUUGUAUCUAUGCAUUGAUUUUUAAUGAUGCUCUUUGUUUUAAUGGUACCUUUUCAGUGACCAUAUACUGAAGUACAAAAUGUAAUUAAAAUAUUGUUCAAUUCAAGUGAUAAAUGUCUAUAAGUUAAGCCGUACACUGUUUGGUAAUAUUAAGUUAAGUAAUUGUAAAAUUAUGUAUGCAUAUUACUAUUAUAUUGCCCUGUAAACUAUGAACUUCCAGUAAUCUUUAUAAAAGGCAAAUUUGACUUUGUUACCAUUUGGUUCAAGUCAUCUGCGAUGUUGGAUGUUGUCUAUGACAUAAUAACCUAAUACAAAUAUUUUGUUUUGUCAGUGGAAUAAGUUUGUUGUGGAUGGUGAUGUUAUAAUAGCUUAUUAAGGCUUUUGAACGUAAUAUUCUCAGAUUUUAUUUACAUUAUUUUAUGUUUUUAGAAAACCAGUUAUAUUAAUUUAGGGUUGGGGGAGAGAUACAGAAAUAAAAUGCUUCUUUUGUUUAAAAUUGUUGAACACUAGUAUUGUGAUGACAAUCCAUGGAAAAUGAGUAAAAGUGUUUAACUUAAACACUUUUUGCUGUUUUUUUAACUGCGCUUUUUAUAACUUAUUUUAGCCUAUGUGGCACUAUAGGCAUAUUGUAUCAUGCAAUGAUAUUGAUAGUUUUAUAUAUUUUAAAAUUAUUGCUGUAUGUUUUUAUUAUUUUGCCUGUAACAUAAUAUUAUUAAUCCAUUUUUUAAGUACACAUCAGUAGCAUUUGGAAUGAAUUUGUUUGUAUUUUUUGGGAGAUUCAUCUUCAUUUGUUCCUGUUAUUUUGUACAUUUAUAUAACACUUCUUUAAUUUCCUACACAUUAAAGAGAAAAGAGAUUAACUAUAUGUUAAAAUAAAUCAUUGAACCAAAAUAUCAAUUAAUGUUCUGUAUUAACUUUAAAAUUAACUGAUACAGUAGCCACAAUUACUUGAUAUUUAAAAGUACAUGAGUUGAAUGGGAAUAUUGUUCUCUUCACCUGACAAAUUUUUGAAAUUAAAUAAAAAUUGUACUUUUUCAUGUAAAUAAGAACAUUGUAUUUGUUUUACAUUAUAUUAAUUUGUAGUUUAUUGUGGUAAUAUCUUUACAAACCAUCCAAGGAUAUUCUACAUAAAAUAUAUUAUUAUUUUAUCAUAAUACAUGUUUCAUAAUACAUAAUACACUAGUUUAGUGGAUAUUUAUGUGGAAGACAUGUAAAAUGGUUGUGAUGCUUUUGUAUUUUUUUUGUAAGACAGGCUCUUUGGUGGUUGUUCAUUUAAAUACAUUUAAAAUUGCUUGAUUUAUGUAUCAUAUGAAAUUACCAAUAAAUGUAGUUAUUUUAAAAACCUCUUUAAAUUGUUUUCAUUUUGCUCUGUCACUUGUUCUGUGGCUGCGUAUUCUUUACAAUCUGAAGUUUGAAACAAAUAUUACAUUUAAAUUACUGAAUCUCCUAAGUAUACACUUAAACUUGUUGUAACUUAUUUUUAUGUUAUUGAAAUUGAUAUUUUUAAGCGUAAUAUUUGUGAGUGAACACACUGGUCACUCGAAUUGGUCACAAUCCAAAACAAGUAAGUUUUUUGAAAAGCUAAGAAAACAAGCUAAGUUUGUCGACCAAAAAGUACAGGGGGAGUACUCUCCCUCCCCUGCAUCAGAAACAUAACAAAAUUAGAGUUAACAAAUUACUGUAAUAUAUAUAUUUUGGACAAAGGUUUUGUUAAGUAGUAGUGCUGUUAGUGUCCUUGAUGUCGACCAUUUUUGAGCUAAGGCUGUAACCUGAUGUUAUCCAAAGAUUUAACAAUAAAAUAAUAACUUCUGGGAGA